CGCAAUGUGCCACGACGCUAGGAAGGCGGACCAAUAACCUUGCUCGCAAAACGGCAUUUCUUAAAAUUUCAGCCCCCAGGGCUUCCGAAAUUUUGCCAUUGCAUCCGCCUCCCGACUCCGACAAGGUUAAUAAAAGGGCCCACGGAUCUUCCUCGCUUCUCUGUACCUUCCUUGAGGACAAUAUCGCCCGAUGCAGUCAACACGGUUAUUACAAGCGGCGGCGCGCAGUGGCCGGAGAGGAGGCCUCACGAAAAGUCACAAUCUCCUGCGACAAGCUUCUACUGCUCCCUCCAGCUUCCGCCCCAAUGUCUGCCCACCGUACGCGAAGCUCGUCGAGAAGCUGUCCGAAGUCCGCCGUGUGCUUGGCUCCGGGCAGGGCCUUACGCUCGCCGAGAAGAUCCUCUACUCGCAUCUCGACAACCCCGAGGAAGCAUUGAGCGGUCUCAAUGGCAAAAUCCGUGGUGAAGCCUACCUCAAGCUCAAGGUCGACCGAGUAGCUAUGCAGGAUGCGUCUGCGCAGAUGGCACUGCUCCAGUUCAUGACCUGUGGCCUCCCCAACACUGCUGUGCCAGCAUCGAUCCACUGCGACCACAUGAUUGUCGGGGAGCGCGGUGCAGACGUCGACUUGCCCAAGUCUAUUGCCGGAAACAAGGAGGUUUUUGACUUCCUAGAAUCCGCGGCGAAGAAGUACGGUAUUGCGUUCUGGGCUCCCGGAUCAGGAAUUAUCCACCAGAUUGUGCUGGAGAACUACGCAGCGCCCGGGUUGAUGAUGCUCGGAACGGAUUCGCACACACCUAAUGGAGGUGGUCUCGGUGCUAUUGCUAUUGGUGUCGGUGGUGCAGACGCCGUUGACGCUCUUGUCGACGCACCUUGGGAGUUGAAGGCGCCCAAAGUCUUGGGUGUUCGACUUGAGGGACAGUUGAGCGGGUGGGCUACCCCCAAGGAUGUGAUCCUGAACCUUGCCGGAAGAUUGACCGUGCGUGGCGGUACCGGAUACAUCAUUGAGUACCACGGACCUGGCGUGGAGACCCUUAGUGCAACCGGUAUGGGAACCAUCUGCAACAUGGGAGCUGAGGUUGGAGCUACUACAUCACUCUUCCCGAUGACCGAGAGCACGAUUGCCUACCUGAACGCCACCAACCGUGGAUUCGUUGCAGAGGCCGCUAAGGAUAUCAACAAGCAGCACAACUUCCUCCGUGCCGAUAAGAACGCCAAGUACGACGAGGUGAUCACCAUUAACCUCUCCGAGCUGGAGCCCCAUAUCAACGGUCCCUUUACCCCCGACUUGUCUACACCCUUGUCCAAGUUUAAGGAUGUCGUGAAAGAGCAAAACUGGCCCGAGAAGCUCUCCGCCGGUCUCAUUGGUUCUUGCACCAACAGCUCCUACCAGGAUAUGAUGCGCGCCGAGCACCUAGUCAAGCAAGCUGAGGCUGCGGGACUUAAGCCCAAGGCUGACUUCUUCGUCACUCCCGGAAGUGAGCAGAUUCGUGCUACUUUGGAGAGAGAUCAGACACUCAACGUGUUUGAGAAGGCUGGAGGAACUGUCCUUGCUAAUGCAUGUGGACCCUGCAUUGGACAGUGGAAGCGAACGGAUGAUGUGAAGAAGGGCGAUACCAACGCUAUCUUCACCUCUUACAACCGCAACUUCCGUUCCCGUAACGACGGAAGCCCCGAAACCAUGAACUUCCUUGCCUCACCGGAGCUUGUCACCGCCAUGAUUUACUCUGGCAGCACAACCUUCAACCCCAUCACCGAUUCCAUUCCUACUUCCGACGGGGGAUCUUUCAAGUUUUCGCCCCCUACCGGACCCGAGCUUCCCUCCAACGGUUUCAUUCCCGGAAACAAAGACUUUUCUCCUUUCGCUGGCGUCAUCGAGCCAUCUCCCGAGACCCCCGUCGUUGUUUCUCCCACAUCUAACCGCCUCGCUCUCCUCGAGCCCUUCAAGCCCUUUGGAAACUCAGAGCUCAAGGAUCUGAAGGUCCUCUUCAAGGUCAAGGGUAAGUGCACGACCGAUCACAUCUCCGCCGCCGGAGCGUGGCUCAAAUACAAGGGCCAUCUCGAGAACAUUGCAAACAACACCCUGAUCGGCGCCAUGAACGCCGAGACGGAGGAGGUGAAUGUUGCGUACGACUUCGAUGGCAAGUCUAUGGGCAUUCCCGAGCUAGCACGCAAGUGGCAGUCCGAACGCCAGGAGUGGCUCGUAGUCGCCGAGACCAACUACGGCGAGGGCUCCGCGCGUGAGCACGCUGCUCUUCAGCCCCGAUACCUCGGCGGCCGCGUCAUCCUUGCCAAGUCCUUCGCCCGCAUCCACGAGACCAACCUCAAGAAGCAGGGCAUCGUCCCAUUGACCUUCGCCAACGAGGCGGACUACGACCUCAUGGCCGCCUGCGAUAGCGUUACUACCGUCGGCCUGUUGGAGAUGCUCCAGAACCAUGGCAAGGGAGAGGUUGCCCUGGAGCUCACCAAGCGUGACGGAUCAAAGCAUACUAUUCCCGUCAAGCACACUUUCUCCAAGGACCAGAGUGGCUAUGUCCUCGCUGGAAGCGCGCUGAACCUGCUCUCCAAGAAGGAUUAGAUCUGGCAUCGGUGGAGGGUGUGGAAGGAAGGAAGGAAGUGCGAAUAUCUUUUGAACUUUUUUCUCAUGUUUGGAAUCGUUUGGUUUUGGUGCUCAAAAGGGAAUCGUUUGGUUUUUCAUUUCAGUGAAGAUAUUGUUGUUUCAUAUCAUGGGUUGCGUGGAUGGAUGGAUGAAUGUAGUCCGUGUCGUGUCGUGGAGAACGCACGUACGAUAAUACGGUGCGGUGCGUAGGAAUAUCUGGUAAAUUCAGCUGCUGGGAAAGUACAAUGAGUGAUAGCCGUGUAAUUGCUUGGUUCAUUUCGUGGCCAUUCAUACCCAUCACUCGCUAUUGAGUUUCCUCUCAUGGUCUGUAUCACGCAAAUAUUUCCAC